AUGGAUAUUGUGGGACCUCUACCUGUCGAUCAAGAGUAUCGAUAUUGUGUGACCAUGAUAGACCCUUUUUGUCGGUGGCCCGAGGCGGUCCCUAUUAAAAACAUCGAAGCCAUAACUGUUGCUCGUGCAUUUGUCGAUGCCUGGAUUUCUCGAUUUGGAACGCCCCAAACGGUGACGACCGAUCAAGGCACACAAUUCGAGUCCAGGUUAUUUUCCUCCUUGCUUCAGUUAUCAGGAUGCUAUAGAGUUCGGUCCUCCGCCUAUCAUCCCGCAUCCAACGGUAUGGUAGAGCGUUGGCACAGGACUCUAAAGGCAUCGAUCAUGUGUCACUCCAAUUCAAGUUGGACUCGUGUUCUUUCUACGGUUCUCUUGGGACUUAGGACUGCUGUUAUGGAUUGUGGAGCCUCUCCUGCGGAAUUUGUUUACGGAAAGGUGUUACGUAUACCGGGUGAGUUUGUGUUGCCGGAAAAUUUGGUUUCUGAGCCUUGUUCGUUUUUGAGUGAAUUUAGAAAUCACAUGCGCGAAGUAAAACCGGUUCCUGUCACUCACCAUCAUAAACGAAGGAUUUUUGUAUAUAAAGAUAUGUCGAACUGUUCUCAUGUUUUUGUUAGAAUUGUCAGAGCUUUGAAAAAGCCCUUGCAAUGUCCUUACGUUGGACCUUAUAGAAUAAUUAAUCGAACAAUUUCUUUGAAACCUCUUAAAAAGAUCGGAAGUAAAAACUCGAUAAUUCCUUCGAGAUCCGAUGAGCCUGUCGAUAUUUGCAAGCAAUCUAAAAUAAUAGUUGAUUUAGAAAACAAUUUCUCUCAACACUCGAAAGUUUUAAAUCACGUUGAGCCUCCAGUUGUAAAGCCAACUCCUGUGAUUUUCUCUAAACCUAAGAAAUUUGUGCCUAAUAUUUUAAGACGCAAGAAAGUGUCAUUUAAUUUGUAA